AUGCGCGCCGCCCUGCUGCUGCUGCUGCUCGCCCUGCUCCUGCCCGGCCGCGCCGCCCGCCCCAAGCUCGCCCUGCCCAUCCGGCCCGACACGGACCCGCUGCCCCCCGGGGGGGCGGCAGGCUGCGCCUUCGGGGGGCACUUCUAUGCCCUGGACGAGACGUGGCACCCGGACCUGGGGGAGCCCUUCGGGGUCAUGCGCUGCGUUAUCUGCCACUGCGAGCCGCAGAGGAACCGUCGGGGGAAGCCAGCGGGGAAAGUGAACUGCAAGAACAUGAAGCAGGACUGCCCCGUGCCCGCCUGCCCCCGGGCCACGCUGCUGCCCGGGCACUGCUGCCACACCUGCCCCAAAGCGUUGCCAGGCCCCCCGGAGAAGAGCCCCGUGCCCCCCUUCGACACCUUCGAGUACUUCCAGGACAAGGAGGACGACCUGGACAAGCCCUACAACGACCGCUCCUACCUCAGCUCCGAGGGGCUGGCCCGCGACGAUGCCCGCACAGAGUUCGUGGCCUUGCUGACGAGUGGCCCGGAGCCGUGGCACCCCACGUCCAGCGCGGUGGCCAAGGCUCGCUUCACCCUGCUGCGCUCCUACCUGCUCUUCUCCAUCAGCUAUGAGCGGCUGGGGCGGCCGAGUCGGGUGCGUUUCAGCGACCCCGAGGACAACGUGCUGUUUGAACACCCCGUGCAGAAGAGCGCUGCCCCUGAGGACGGCAUGCUCUGCGGGAUGUGGAGGACGGUGUCCAAGGCCAAUGUCCAGCUGCUGCGGGGGGAGCAGCUCCGCGUGUCCCUCAUCACCCGGGCGCAGCCCUCCGGAGAGGUCCACGGGCACAUCCUCAAACACCGGGCGCUCUUCGCAGAGACGUUUGGUGCCAUCCUGACCUCAUCGGACCCUGCGCACCUGGGCGCGGGGGGCAUGGCCAUGCUGACGCUGAGCGACACCGAGAACAACCUGCACUUCAUCCUCAUGGCCCGGGGGCUGCUGGAGCCCAGCGCUGGUGAAUCCCCGUGGGUCCCGCUGCGGGUCCGCAUCCUGCACCAGGCCCAGACACUGCGGGAGGUCCGCGCCAACAUCACCGUGGAGGACCCUGAAUUCGCGGAGGUGCUGAGCGAGCUGUCUGCCAGUGAGCUGCAGUGGCUGGUGCAGGGGCAGCUCCGCAUCGUGGCUGAGACGGAGGGCCAGCAUGCACGCCAGCUGGCGGGCACCAUCACCACUCGCCGCAGUUGUGACACCAUCCAAAGCGUGCUGUGCGGAGCGGACGCCUUGCUGCCAACUAAGACGGGGGCCGUGGGCUCGGCCAAGCUGGCACUGCAUGAGAAUGGCACCCUGGAGUACCAGGUGCAGGUGGUGGGCACCGCCAGCGAGGUGGUGGGCAUCACUCUGGAGACCAAACCCCGGCGGAAGAACAAGAGGAACAUCCUAUUCGACAUGACGCCCAGCUACAAGGAUGGGCUGGUGAGUGCUGGGUGCCCCAGCGCCCGCGAUGCCCAUAUGCUGCUGCAGAAUGAGCUCUUCCUCAAUGUGGCCACCAAGGACUGGACAGAGGGCGAGCUGCGGGGCCAGGUCAUCUCCUUGCCCUACAGCGGCCUGCUCGCCCGCUACACAGAGAUGCCCGUGGCACUGGCAGGGCAGCUGGUGUCCCCCCCGGUGAGCAGCGGAGCCGGGGGGCAUGCCUGGCUCUCUCUGGAUGAGCACUGCCACCUGCACUACGAGAUCUCGGUGGCGGGGCUGGGCCGCCCGGCCGACGGCACUGUCAGUGCCCACCUGCAUGGGGUGGCUGAGCUGGGCGAGAUGGGCGCCCGUCCCCACCAGCACAAGCGCCUGCUCAAGGGUUUCUACAGCACCGAGGCGCAAGGGGUGGUGAAGGACCUGGACGCCGACCUGCUGCAGCACCUGGCCCAGGGCACUGCUUUCCUGCAAGUCAGCACCAAAGCCCACCCCCAUGGGGAGAUGCGGGGACGGGUGCACAUCCCCAACCGGUGCCAUGCAGGAGGGACCCGCCUGGCCCCGGGGGAGGCCGAGCUCUCUGAGGGUGCCAAGGCCAGGGACCUGGAGCAGCUGAAGAAGGACCCCAAUUCCUGCUUCUUCGAGGGGCAGCACCGGGCACACGGCACCCGCUGGGCACCCGACUAUGACAAGAAGUGCUCCAUCUGCAGCUGCCAGAAGCGCACGGUGAUCUGUGACCCCAUCCUGUGCCAGCCCCUCAACUGUACGCGCCAGGUGCACCCCGAGGAUCUGUGUUGCCCCAUCUGCGAAGAGAAGAAGAUGGGGCAGGAGGAGCUGAAGCUGGAGCGGGCACGGGACAGUAGUGAGGGCUGCUACUUCGAUGGGGACAAGACAUGGCGAGGCUCUGGCACCCGCUGGCACCCCGUUGUGCCCCCCUUUGGCCUCAUCAAAUGUGCCAUUUGCACCUGUAAGGGCACCACGGGUGAAGUGCACUGCGAGAAGGUGCAGUGCCCGCGGCUCACCUGUGCCAACCCCGUUCGCGCCAGCCCCUCUGACUGCUGCAAGCAGUGCCCAGCCCCGGAGAAGAGCGUCCCCGAGCUGGCUGACACCAUGCAGGCGGAUGGGCCGCGGGCAUGCCGCUUUGGGCGCCGUUGGUACCUCAACAACGAGAGCUGGCACCCCUCCGUACCACCCUUCGGGGAAAUGAAGUGUAUCCUGUGCUGGUGUGUGUCAGGGGAGACACACUGCCAGCGCCAGGAGUGCCCACCAGCCACCUGCACCAGCCCCAACAGGAGGGACAACCCCUGCUGCGCCAAGUGCCGCGCCCCGGAUGCCCCCCCAGAUGCGCAGGAGAAGGUCCACGAUGCCAGGGUGGAGGCGUGGAGCCGCUGA